AUGGCAACCCUCUCCUCUCUCUCCUCUCAUCUCUCCGCCACCGCCGCCGCCACUUUCAUUGAACUCCGCACAACUAAUCUCCACCAUCACCGACAUUCUAAAAAAUUCCACCACCGCCACCUCCGCCCCAUGCGCCGCCCUCUCCCGCCGCCGUCCAAAACCCUCCUGAACACCUGCAUCUUCGCCUACUGCCGCUCCGGCUGGCCCCACCUCGCCGCCCAGAUUUUCAAGAAAAUGAAGCGCCAUAAACUCCCGCCGCGCUUGCUCACUCUCAACACCUUGCUCAGUGCUCUGGUGAAGAAGGACCCUUCUUCCCGCUCAGCCCGUUUCUGCAACGAAUUGUUCAACGACGCCGUGAAACUCGGUAUCGCCCCAAACGUCGUUACUUUCAAUAUUCUAAUUAGCGGGUACUGUCUGGAGUAUAAGUUGAAGGAUGCAUUGGAGUUGUUGAAGAAAAUGGAAGUUGAUUUCAAGUGUAAACCCGACAACGCGAGCUACAACACGAUAUUGGGCGCCAUGUGUAAGAAAGGGCGCUUGCACGAUAUUCGUGAUUUGUUGCUGGAUAUGAAAAGCAAGGGUCUUUUGCCGAAUAGGAAUACUUACAACAUUUUGGUCGACGGGUAUUGUAAGAUAGGAUGGUUAAAAGACGCAGCCAAGAUCGUCGAGUUAAUGACUCAGGACAACUUGUUGCCCGACGUUUGGACGUACAACAUGUUGAUUAACGGGUUGUGCAAAACGGGUAGGAUCGACGAGGCGUUUAAGCUGAGAGACGAGAUGGAAGGACUGAAGUUGUCGCCCGAUGUCAUCACUUACAACACUUUGAUUAACGGUUGUUUCGAGGCGAAAAGGGGUUCUUUAGCUUUCGAGUUAGUGGAUGAGAUGAGAGAGAAAGGAGUGAAACUGAACGAGGUGACUCAUAAUAUUAUGAUUAAAUGGUGUUGUAAAGAAGGGAAGAUGAAAGAAGCGAGUGAGAUGGUCGAAAGAAUGGAAGAAACCGGGUUUUCGCCGGAUUGCAUUACUUAUAAUACUUUGAUAAGCGGGUUUUGUAAAGCGGGUGAUUUGGCGGAGGCUUUUAAGACGAUGAAUCGAAUGGGUGGGAAAGGUUUGAAAAUGGAUACGGUGACGCUCAACACCGCUCUACACAAUCUAUGCCGAGAGAAGAAGCUAAGCGAGGCGUACGAGUUGCUUAGUUUCGCUAAUAAGAGAGGCUAUAUCGUAGACGAGGUGAGUUACGGUACUCUUGUUGUUGGGUAUUUUAAAGACGAGAAAUCAGAGAGAGCUAUGAAGAUUUGGGAUGAAAUGAAAGAGAAGGAUAUUAUUCCGAGUAUUAUUACGUAUAAUUCUUUGAUAGGCGGGCUUUGUAAAUUGGGGAAAACCGAUGUAGCAAUAACGAAGCUGAAUGAGUUACUGGAGAAUGGAUUGGUACCCGAUGAAACGACGUACAACACAAUUAUACACGGGUAUUGUUGGGAGGGAAACGUGGAGAAAGCGUUUCAAUUUCACAACAAAAUGGUCGAAAAAUCGUUCAAGCCCGAUAUAUAUACUUGCAACAUUCUAUUACGAGGGCUGUGCUGCGGGGGUAUGAUCGAGAAAGCUAUUAAACUUUUCGAUACGUGGGUUUCGAAAGGGAAGAAUCUCGAUGCUGUUACGUACAAUACGUUAAUAACAGCCUUGUGUAAGGAAGGGAGGCUCGAGGAAGCUUUGGGACUCGUUGAUGACAUGGCGGAAAAGAAACUAGGGCCCGAUAACUACACGUUUAAUUCGAUCAUCGGCGCGCUUAACGAUGCUGGGAGAACUAAAGAAGCUGAGGAGCUAUUGUCGAUUAUGUCGGAAAGGAAUAAACUAAUUCAAAAUCCGAUGGUGAAAAUCGAGGACGAACGGAGUGUAGUUGGUAGUGAAGGUUCGGAUGAAUCGGAUUCGAAUACGGUGGCUUGUUCGGAACAGAUUACCGAGCUUUGCGGUGAAGGGAGGUAUAAAGAUGCCAUGCAUAUAUUUACGGAACAGACUGAGAAGGGUGUUUCGGUAAAUAAGUCGACUUAUAUUACUUUAAUGAAUGGACUCAUCAAACGGAGGAAGAGUAUUCUGAAGCCGGUUUAAUUUAUAUUUGGAUUUGUGCCCUCGGAUUCCGAUACGAGCAUGCUUCACUUCUUUAUUGAAAGGUAACAAAGUUCAAAAGGUGAAAAGGAAAAUAAAAUUAAGAAUUAUCAAGAACUGAAUUCUUGGACUUCUUAUACUCGGAGAAUCUCUAUAUUCCUCGAAAAUAGCUGCUCAUCGAAAAGUUGAAGUCUUGGGAGUAAGCUGCUACGGAGAUUUAAGUGAUUUAUCCCGGUUUCGGUUUUUGAAGCGGAAAAGAGGUAAAGACUGAUAAUUUGCGAAAUACCCGAUUUGCUUACUCAAGUUUAUUAACCAUGGAGAAAAUGCAGUGUCUCUGUGUAAAUAUAUGUGCGACCAAACCAAGCUCGAUUCGUUCCAAAAGUGUAAGUACGAAUUAUAUAGUGUAGUACGAUUAUUUAUAGCCAGUUAUCUAAAAAAAAAUAUUGUCUAUUCUGUAAAAGAAAAACCUCGAUGCACGCCCACACAAAAAAGUCGCAAUUUUUAAUCUUGCUAUUUCUAUUUCAA